AUGUCCACCAAUGGUGGAAGUCUUGAAGAUUGUCACACGAACGUCUUUGCUUUGACGGAAUUGAAUGGUCUCAAAUGGAAAUGCUUAACAACUCCUUUAUCACAAAGAACCUGGACAAGCUUAGAGCAAGAUCCCGUAUUAAGUGCUUAUGCACGAUGUUUGCAAGCAGGAAUUCUGUGUGCUUGGAGACGACAACCACCGCAACCAACUGGGACACUUGCAGCUAUGCAGUUACCAGAUUAUAGAAUAGAUGUUGUCAAAGAAUUGUGGGUUUUUUGGUACAGUCAUGAGGAACCGGAUUGUCUCACUGAAUAUACCAGUCAUUUGGCAUGUUCUGAAGAUGGUCAAGGUAACUGGUCGGUACCCGGUAUACAGUAUGAGACGAGAACACUAUUCUUCAAGGCACUACAUAAUUUGAUUGAGCGGAAUAUGCUAAAAAAUGGAUACAUUCGUAUUGGAAAAUAUUUUACACGUCCUUAUGAAGUGCCUUCGUCCGAUCGUAUACACUGUUCUCCCAGCUAUGUAAAUGGGAUCAGUUUCAAUUUUUUCGUUCAUGGCGAAAAUAUUGUUUGUGCAACAGUUUCUGUACAACGCCAGCCUACUUUAUUUCGCCUUUCACGUCGUCAUUUGGAUUUGGGUAAGAAACAACCGGUGAUAUUGGGUCCAUGGUCAAUGCGCGCUGUAUUACUACCCGAACAACCGAGGAUUGUGGAUUCUACUACACCAUUAUUACAACAACAGUCUUCUGCAUCACAGUACGGUAAUUUUACCAGUUUAUCCUCUGUUGCACAUCAAAUAAAUCCUGUUCCAUCGUCGUCGAUCGAUUCCGACACUAUUAGUAAUAGUUAUGACGGUGCAGGAACUAUUUCAAAAGCUGCAGUGGACAAAUUAUGGUCUGAAUGGUUGCAAUUCUUCUGUUUAAUUGUUAAUGUUGAAAGGAACUUAGGUUCAGCAGAUACUGUUGGCUACAUUGGCUACACUGAAAAUACAUCGCCAGCCAAAAAUAGCUUACCAAAGAUGGUUUUGGUAGAUGUGGACGGCGUUCAUAUGUGGUACCCAAGUUCACUAAUUGUUGUCCAGGCUUCUGAUGAUUUGUUGUUGAGACAGAAUGAAAAAACUAUCAAUGAUGACGAUUCUGACUUUUUCAACAGUGGAAGUAACAGUAGCAGUUUUACCGCACGAACACCACCGGCUACUGGAGGACAUGCGAGAUUACGAAGUACUCCGUCAUUCCGAAAACGAAAAAAAAGGCUAAGCGAAUGUGACACAGGAUCCAAUGCUGAACGGCAUAAUGCAAUGUAUGGGACGAUGGUGAAUGGUGCACGAGCAGCGCAAAGGUUUUUUGAAGAAUCCUUCAUUGCUCCGGCAAGCAGUCGGCGAAAAGAGAGCACAGAAUCGCCAUCCUCGUCUGGUUUAGGCCUUUUAAUGUCAGCUGCUGCAAAUGAUGAUGACUGCCGGUGGAAUUUCACAGAUGGUAUGCGACGAAAGGAUCGUGAAGAAGGAUGUGGUUGCCACCAUUGUCGUUUGCAACAGUCUAGUAGUGCUACAGCUCUACCCAAUCUACCAUCCCAGUGUAUAACACUUCAACAAGACACUUGUAUUGACCAGGAGUCUAAUCAGUCAUGUUGUACACCCGUUAAUUUUUCGAAUUCCAGUUUGGAAGCCAAGAAAGAGGGACCAGCUAUAUUUCAUCGACGUUCUUCAUCCUGCACACGAUCUCCAUCGCCUCCACGAUCACCACCUUGGGAAAAGAAAAUUCUAGCUACCAGUUCGGAAACCGGAGAUAGUGAGCAUAAUCUUGACUGGAUACGUGAAAGCUAUUUUCGUAAUUCCAGAAGCAGUUCAAGAUCUGGGCGCGCGGACCUACUGCAUGAAGAUAGGCACAUAUGUCCGAAAACACCAGAUGCUUCAACGAUAAUGGAAUCUCCAGAACGUCGACGGGUGCAAAGAAAUUCUGUGCAAAUGUUUGGUAAAAUUGGAAGCUGUAAACCUAUCUAUCAAAAUUUAAGUCCUACUAGUCGGCCACGUUCUCCAGCUUGUGAUACAUCCCAAGCGGAAUCAUUGGGUCGUAUGCAGUCAAAAGAUUGUUUAAGCAAUGAUUUUGCGUCAUCAGCUGGGAAACAUACGCCUACAAUUACAGAUCAACAACCUAAUUUAAUUAACAGCCUACGGUUAAAAAAGGGCAAAAAACUUAAAGGACGAAAGCGAAAAGCAGAUGAGAAGCUAGAAUGGAGUGGUAUUGAAUCACUGGAUGUGUCGUUUCUGACAGCAAAAGUUGGUGAAGACAAUGAGGACGAUGAUAACAUUAACUUCACAUGCCCUAGUAACUUUAAAUUGCGUGAAUGCAAAUCGGAGAUCAAUGGCGAAGUAGUCGAAUCCUCAAACGCAGUACCGCACACUAGAUCUUCUCUUAAUGUUUCAACUUCCCAGUCGCAGGACGUUUUGCGCAGUUUGCCGGUAUUUUCACAAAUCGGGUCAGCUAUGCCGUCAAAUGCAGGUGUUAACUUAACUCCCAGUAUUUUCACUUCGGAUUGUGAUACUCAGCCUUUAUUCCUUGACGAUUGUAAUCCAUCCGCCAUUACAAUGGUCGAAAGAAGAAGUCCGGUUGAUACUGUUGUAACUGAUUCGGUGCAUUUAUCUCCUCCAGCAAGCAACGAAAGAGUUGAGCCUACGCAGAUUUUGGGAGGAACCGUUGCAAAUGUGAUGGCACGUGUUGGCGGGCCUCCGUCAGUUGGUGACUACAUGAUAUAUCCAACUCCACCAUCAGUUGAUGCAACUCAGUCACAACAGUUCAGUCCUCAAAAUACGCUCAUACAAGCAAAUCCAACUAGUAUUCUCUACCCGCCAACGGUUUCCUAUAUGGCAGCAGCAGCGGCAGCAGCAGUAAACCUUUGCCAUAAUAUUCCUCCUGUACAACUACCUCCUACUGUUGUUUCGGAAACAGAUGCUACCACCGAAACCACCCCAACUAUAAAACGGGAACUUGAGAAUGACGAUGAAAGACUUCUGGGUAAGCUUCAUUAUUCGAUUGGUGAGAAGCCGGUGUACGGUAAAUUUAUGCAAUUGGAGAUGGCACUAAGUAGAAAAUUUGCUGGAAAUAUACUUGCCAAGGAAUUUUUAUCACUGGAGGCAAAAGAAUGUCGAAUGCUGGAAGGUGUCUAUGCAGACCAGUUAAAGCUAAUCAAGGCAGCCGUCGCAGCUCGUGAAAAGCGGAAGAAAGUUGGCCGUGCUCCAGAUUACUUAUUUAUGCGUGAACGUCUCCGGAAUCUUGCUCCGCACUCAUCAUUCACAACAGUGCGGCAUUAUCGUAUACCGUACAACAAUGGCCAUAUGUUUUCUUCGCAUUGUCUACCAACUUUACAAAUGUUACCACAUGGUAUGUCAAUGAAUGGAGUGCCUAAUUUCGUUACAAACGGACCACCAUUUGGGGCGGCAUCCUAUAAUGGCAAUAAUUCAGUAAUGAGCAUGAUGAUGAGUAGUGGUUGUUUACCACCUAGUGGUACCACUAUUAUGCAACCGGUACCCAGUUCCUCACGAAUGGGUGUCGUCCAUAUGAAUCAGCAAAUGUCGAUGGCACAUCUUCGGCCACUAGCAAGGAUACCUUCCAUGCCACCAUAUGCUUCAUCACAAACGGGUCCACUACAACAUCCUCCUUUUAUGGGUCAGUCAGCUCAGUUCUGUAGUCCUCCUGGAAUGAUGAAUGCUCCGAAUCCGAUCUCUUCAUUUCCGGGUGGUCCAAUGUGCUCGAUGAGUACUGGUCCAGUGCAAUCAUCGCAUAUGCUUAGUGGAAUGCAUGGUACUACUCCGUCGCAACCGCUAGGCGCAAAUAACAUGCAUGCUGCGGGACCACCAAACGGACAAUUCUCCAUGCAACAACCGCAGCAACCAUUCCAACAGCUAAGUCAUUUUGUUAACAAUGCUAAUUUCAAUGGACAAGUGGGAAUGACAGCCGUGAAUCCAUCGCAACAGAGCAUCUAUCAACAACAGAUAAUGUUCCGGUGUAAUAUGAAUGGGAACUUGCCAGCACAACAUUCUAUUCAUUCAUCUGACUCCUACGGGAUUGAUUCGCAGGGUCAAGCACCAGUUGAACCACCACCACCAUUUUCUCAGUCAAUUAACCAGCAGUAUGCUGCAGUACACAAUGUUCAAGGUGGUUCAAUGAUAUAUCCUCAGUCGGCACAUAUGAUGCGUCCGAACACGUUAAUGUCGCAAGCACAAAAUCAAAAUAUGAUGUGUGGUCCGAGAACAUCGCAGAAUCCUAUGAUGACAGUGUCAUCAUCCAUCGGAAGUCCUAAUAACGGCGGUUUAUUCGGAAAUCGUUUAAUGAAUAUGCCACAUGUCAUGGACACAACUACUGUUCCACCAAAUAACAUAAGGACACAUCCGGAAGGAAAAUCUUUGGUACUCGCUGUACUGCUUCAGGAUACAGUUCUGGAUCUUCAUUAUGAUUCAGUUUUUGAUGCCUGUCCAAUUUGUUCGUGUAAUGGUAGCAUCAGAGCAAAGGAACUUGGGGUUUAUAUAACACCACCCGAAGUGCUGCGACAACCACCAGCGCAGCAGCAGUUAAUUGUUAGCAAACCAACCAGUGGAUUUUACAAUAGUACAUCAAAUUCGUGUAACUGUGGAUUUAGUGCUGUGCGGCAUCGUUAUUUAAGUAUGAAAGCGGGUUUAUUCGCUGAAGAUGCAAAAGAAGCAACGGAUAUUAAUGAAACCCAGAGUCAGCCGGCAAUUCCACAUACCAUUUGGUUCGACUCAAUGAGUGGCCGGGAUAUGAAUUUCAUCGCUUUGCUACGUGAGCAAACACUUGUGCGUGAUCUUGGUGGUUUAUUAGAUCAGGUGACAUUACUCAGCUUACAAUGUGAGCGAGCUUCGCAGACUGAGCGCAUUGGAUCCGAUUCAUCAAAGCAUUGUGAGUAUAUCAUUUCGGAAGUGGACCAGCGUGAAUUACCGUUGGUAUUCCAAGCUGCUUGCGAGGUUGCUUGUAUGGAAAUGAAUUGCCGACGUCCACCGCAUGAUGUGCGGAGUGUGCUGCUUCAUGAUUGGGGAGUUCAGAUAUCGAACGAAAUGCGUGAACCACGUGAAUCUGAAUGCAUGGCGUUGUUGCAAGAAAUUGGGCCGAUUCUGGAAGAAUCUUUACGAAUUGCUCGUUCUUCACCAUUGUUCGGAAGUAAUAACAUAGUGGAAGGACCGUUGACAUGGCGAUUUUUCGAUCGCAAAGCAUUAAAAGCUGCUGGGGGAACGGAAGACGAUAGCGGACCGGAGGCGGUGCCAAACAUAGUUGUUGCAUCGGAAAAAGAUGCAGUUAUAACAUCACCACAAAUUAUAAGAUUGUGGGAAAAGAUGUCAUUAGAACCGUAUGAUCAGCCAAAAGAUGUUCUUUAUAUCGGUGUUGUUCCGGAUAAUUUGAUUUGUAUUGAGAAAACGAAAAAAUAUCUCAUGGAUUUGUCAAGAAUGUACGAGCAGUGUCGUUUUGGUCGUCAUAUACCGUUUUCACGAGAAGUAUUACGUGAUGGUCUGUUGCGUGUCCCAACAAGGUAUCCAGCAACUAAUCCAGGUGAAUGUGAUAAUUUUCUGAAUCAAGUCGAGCGACACAUUGGCGAUAAUAAAUCGUUAAUCACACGAUUAAAGGUUUAUAUGCAGUAUUUCGAAAAUGAAAUGGCUCGUAUACUGAUCAACAAUGAUGAUAUCUUUAGCCGGGACAAAUAUCGUGCUGCUUUGGCUGAAAGUCAGAUUCAUUCUGUGCAACACAUUUCAAUAGCAGCUUACCAAUGCGGAGGUUAUACAGUAUCAAGUUCUGACCAUAUGCCACCACCUUCGGCGCCUGGAAGUAUUAUCAUCUCCGGUCAAUCCAGCGAUGCUUCACAUGGUCCAAAUAGUACCAGUGGUCCAAGUUCAUCUGGUAUUACCAUUGGUGAAUCCUUAACGCCAGACGGUUCUAUCGGUGAUGGGAGCGCUCAAAAUAUGACCAAUUUUUCAUCUUUCAUGACUGAACAAUUAGUAGCUGAUGGUAUCAUAGCAGAGGAUGAACCGGGAACUCUACCUCAUGUUAUUGUCAUCUACCUCGUGAAUCCAUUUUUAUUGGGUGCUGAAGAAAAUCCACUUGUUGCAAGAGUUGUUACGGUUGCUCUAAUGCGUGCAUUUAAUGCACUGCUUUACCGUUUAAACAAUAAGCGUCGACCACAGUUACAAUUGGAAAUGAUUGCAUUACAAAAUAUUUUCGAUUAUUGUGGUGCUUCUGCUGAUUUCCUAAAAGAUGAACGCGGACGUUUGAAUGGCUAUGAUCAAGGUCGUUUGGAAAAAUCUCAAAAUGAACGGUUGUCAUCAUCCGAUUCACUUAAAACUAUUGCAUUUUCGGUUUACACACAUUCACGUGUAGUAUUACCAGAUAUUGUACGGGGAAUUUUGCCAAAAAGUAUGACACGUUUUGGUCCCGCAUCAGCUAUGGUUGAUUUAUUAAACGAACUGGAACGAAAAGAACCUAUUUAUUACAAGGUCCCAAGCAAGCCAUUCAUUCUUGCUCCACCAUCACCGGUAAUGCAACGUCCAAAUUGUGAUCUCAUGCAAAUUAAUACUGAUGAAGCUGUUCUGUUUGUUAGUUAUUGUUUAAUAGGGAAUGAUUGGCUUGCUGCCACCGUAACGGAUCAUCAAGGUCAUUCACUCGAUAAUUGCUUAAUUAAUUUGAGAUUAAAACCUGAUCAUAAAAGGGUGAAUAUGAGGUACAAACAGUCGACACAGAUCCGGGAUAGUUUGUAUCGUUUGUGGUCAUACAUUCUGGGUACGUUGGCCAAUGGUACUAGGAAUUGGAGGCUUGUUAUCGGUAGGGUUGGACGUAUUGGUCAUGGGGAAUUUAAAUUUUGGACUCAAAUUCUCAGCAAAUCUUAUUUGAAACAGGUUGGGACACGGAUGAAACAUGUAUGUCGGGCAUGCCAUGUGAUGCCCGGAACUUCGGAAGUUCCUGGAGUGUUGUCAGCUUGCUUGGUCAGCCUAGAGCCUGAAGCACACCUUCGUGUUUUCCCAUCAUCUUUUCAGCACGAUGAUCGUUUCUUGAAAAACUCUCGACACCGUGCACUGACGACACCUGAUGAUACAAGCUGUACACAUAUUCUGGUUUUUCCUACUAGUCCCGAGUUGAAUUUAGACCAUCAAGGUGGGAAUGGCGUUGCUGAAUUGGAAGAGGAUGACUUUUCAAAUUUGUUAACGGAGGAAAUUGGUGAGGAAUUUAGUGAAUUGAUUGGAAACGGUGAGGAUUUGAUGACAAAUGGAACUGGACCACCGCCACAGUCGGCAAGCUUUCGGCUGGGUGGAAAUACAGGGAUUCCAAGUGAAUAUGCUGAUGUUUCGAUAGAAAAUCAACCGCUUGCUACCGGCUACUAUAUUUCAACAGCACCAGCAUCGGAUUUGCCGGAAUGGUUCUGGUCAGCUUGUCCUUCUGCGAAACGACGAAAUCCGGUACACUUGAAAAGUUCACUUCAUUUAAAUACGCCGAAUGUUCAACAAGGCGAUGAUAUCUCGUCAUUUGGUAAAGGUACCGAAGCUUGUCAUCACCAGUUGGAUAGCCAGGCAACAGCCGAUGUUCUCAGGUAUGUUUUGGAAAUGUACAAUGCCUUAUCUUGGCUCAAUAUGGAUCUGGUAAGCGGUGAGCGGCGUUCCUGUCUACCCAUUCAUAUUCAAGCUCUUAUGUGGCUUUGCAAUGCCGUUAAUCGCUUCAUCAAUUGA